CCUUGGCAAUGUCACUUCCUUGGCGUAUAAAUAUCUCCGAUUCCUCGCGUUUCCGUCUCCAUUUUUGUCCUUCGACUCGAUAUCUUCAGCUUACUAUAUCCACUGAACAAUCUCCAAACGACAUCGAUUUUGUUAUUUUUCGCUCCACCAAUGACAAAAGAAUCAGUUCGCGUCCUCGUCACUGGAGCUGCAGGACAAAUUGGGUACGCUCUUGUACCCAUGAUUGCUAGGGGAGUCAUGUUAGGUGCGGACCAGCCUGUGAUCCUUCACAUGCUUGAUAUCCCACCUGCAGCAGAGGCUUUGGAUGGAGUCAAAAUGGAAUUGGUGGACGCAGCGUUCCCUCUUCUAAAAGGUGUUGUUGCCACAACUGAUGUUGUUGAGGCAUGCACUGGAGUCAACAUUGCAGUUAUGGUUGGCGGUUUCCCGAGGAAGGAAGGAAUGGAAAGGAAAGAUGUUAUGUCAAAGAAUGUGUCAAUUUACAAGUCCCAGGCUUCUGCCUUGGAACAGCAUGCGGCUCCUAACUGCAAGGUUCUGGUUGUUGCUAACCCUGCCAACACCAAUGCAUUGAUCCUGAAGGAAUUUGCACCUUCAAUCCCUGCAAAGAACAUUACCUGUUUGACAAGGCUGGAUCAUAACAGGGCAUUAGGUCAAAUCUCAGAGAGAUUAAAUGUCCAAGUUUGUGAUGUUAAAAAUGUGAUUAUUUGGGGUAAUCAUUCAUCAACUCAGUAUCCUGAUGUCAAUCAUGCAACUGUUAACACUCCAUCUGGGGAAAAGCCAGUUCGGGAGCUUGUGAAGGAUGAUGAAUGGUUGAAUGGAGAAUUCAUAACCACUGUCCAACAACGAGGUGCUGCAAUCAUCAAAGCUAGGAAACUCUCUAGUGCACUAUCUGCUGCUAGUGCUGCUUGUGAUCACAUACGUGAUUGGGUCCUUGGAACCCCUGAGGGCACAUGGGUUUCCAUGGGUGUGUACUCUGAUGGUUCAUACAAUGUACCAGCUGGACUCAUUUAUUCCUUCCCAGUAACUUGUUGCAAUGGAGAAUGGACAAUUGUCCAAGGGCUGGCUAUUGAUGAAUUCUCAAGGAAGAAGUUGGACUUGACCGGAGCUGAGCUCAGUGAGGAGAAGGAAUUGGCAUACUCCUGCCUCUCAUGAAUGCAUUCAUCAUUUCUGUUUAUUACAAAUACAGAGUUUCAUGGUCAUCUAGCGAAGGUGCCUAGCUGACAAAAGGGGAACAAAGGCUAAACCCAAGAAACCGAAUUGCAUCUUCCAAAGACUGACUUGAUCAAAUAAUGGUUGCUUCAUUCAAAAAUGUUGAAUGGAUCCAAAUUGAUUUGAUGUAUUCUUAAUUGUAGCAACAAGAUUUUGGGUUGAGUUUCUCCAAAGUCGCUUAUGUUUUCACAUCAUCCCAGCUAACACAUUAUGGAUAAAUGAAGGCAUAAAUAGGCUUUUGAUGUUAAACCAAAGAUAUUUUGGCAUAAUA